UGAUGAAUAAACGAAGAUGCAUUGAAUAUUGUCUUUCAUUUGCUUUUUGUUCAUUGAAUUCAAUGACAUUUGUAAUUCUCUUUUAAUUUAAAUUAUUCUGAAUAAUUUGUAAUGAUUUUGUCGCCACGUGCAUUCACCCUACUGAACAUAACCAAUAUUGUGUGUGUUGAUCAUUAAGUAAAUUUACUGCAACAUAUAUAAAUGAUAAAUAUAUAAAAGAAUAAUGGAAGAACCAAGAGAAAGGAUAGAUGAGAAAAUAGAAAUACAACUCUUGACGAACGUCAUCGAUAAAGUAUGCGACGCAGUUAUCGUGAACAAAAUAUUAGAAGGAGAAUACGAGGAUGUAAUUAUUGAAAUAGUAACUGCUAGAUUAUCUGAGUUGCUUAAUAAUAAUGACGAUUUGCAAGAAAUCGUAUAUGAGGAUAUAGAAAUGAAUAAAACGAAUAGCAAUGAAUGGCUAUGCCUAAGUAUAGCAAGUUUGUUUCAUUUUGUUAAAUAUAAUUGGACGGGUCCGAUUAUGGACGAUGGAGGAAUUGAAUUAUUAUCAGUUAAAAGAGAAGAAGCGCUCAAGUAUUUAUCCUUGCACGAUGAAUGUAACGAAAACGUUAAGAAACCAGAAUUUCUUUAUCUUUCGAAAAUAAUAUUCUCUAACGAGUAUAUGCAAAAGAGAUAUCCAAGUUGCAUGUGGUGGUUAUUGAGAAGCAAUCUACUGCAUCAAUUUAUAUUAGAGGAAACUUCAGGGACGAUAUUUGAAGAAAUAAAAAUGUUAAUCGCUAAUAUCGAUACUUCACAUAUUUUACAAUCUACUUUCUGUCAAGUUUUGUUUAAUCUUGAAGUUGCACAAUUUUAUUUCUACUACAAAAGAAUAGAAUAUUCAGAAAGAUAUUUGGCGCGAAGUGAAGAAAUUGCUCAAAUUAAAAUGGAAUUGCAAGGUGUUAUGGGUAAGCGAACGAAAUAUCAAGAAGAAGAGAAGCCGCAAUUAUUUUUAAAAGUCAAUGUGGAAAAAGAGGAUGCAUUAGAGACAAGAUCUUGUAAAAACUUACCAAAGUCCUUAGAUUUAAAUGACGAGUUAAGACUAGAACGUAUACAAUUUUCUACAUUUCAGGAUGAAACUAAAUUAGGAGCAUUGGGAGAAGCCAUUGUUUUAGCGAGACAUACCCAGCUGCAAUUGUCUCAGCCAAGAGAUAAACUUACGGAUGAAGAAAUUAUUCCAUACGUAAUUAAAGUAAUCGAUAAUACCAAAAAUUGGUCGCUAAAAAUGACAGCUCUUUGUCGUCGAUGCAUUUACGAAGCUAAUGACAAAAGAACUGUAGAACGUUCGAUGCUACAAGCUGAAUAUUUAUUAAAAGAAAUUUAUGAUUGUAAGGUUCCAGUCACAGAAAGACUGGACAUAUUUUUUUCCAGCGGAAUGAAGCCUAUAUGGAUGUUGGAAAAAAUGUUAGCUAAUCUCAUGCUUAGUCUUGGGUUAGUAAAAGGGGCUUUAGACUUGUUUAUCAAGUUGAAACUUUGGGAAGAUGUUAUAGCUUGUUAUAACAUUUUGGGAUUAAAACAAAAAGCUGCAGAAAUUAUACACCAAGAAAUUGCUAAAAAUGCAUCUGUUAAAUUAUGGUGUUUGUUGGGAGAUGCAACUGGCGACGUAAAGCAUUAUGAAACGGCAUGGAAAUUAUCAGAGGAGAAAAGUAGUCGUGUACAGAAGCACUGGGGAUUCUUUUAUUUUGGACAAAAAGACUAUGCCCAAGCUAUACCACACUUAAAGUUGUCAGUCGAAUUAAAUAAUAUCCAAGAGAAUGUAUGGUUGAGACUUGGCUUUGCAGGAUUACAAAUGGAGGAUUGGAAACUAGCGGCAAUGGCAUAUCGACGAUAUUGUGCUUUAGAACAAACGAAUUUUGAGGCAUGGAACAAUUUAGCAAAAGCAUAUAUAAAAUUAGGUGAUAAAUACAGAGCAUGGAAAGUUCUUUACGAGGCGAUUAAAUGCAAUCAUGAUCGUUGGGAAGUUUGGGAUAAUUUGAUGGUCGUUUCCAUUGAUUUGGGACAGUUUUUAGAAGUAGUAAGAUGCUAUAAUCGCAUUUUAGACUUAAAAAACGAGCAUUUAGAUAUUCAGAUUUUAGAAAUAUUAACGAAUGCUAUUGAAAAGAACAUUAAAGAUGCCGACGGCAAAUUAUGUAGAAAUUCGUUACUUGUACCGACACUUCAAUUAUUCGGAAGAAUUACAUCUAAAAAUACAUUUAAUAAUUCAGAUCUUUGGAGAUUAUAUUCUGAACUAACGCUGCUUAAGAAAACGGACGUUGAUGAUCAGAAGGCUAUACAAUAUUUGCAGAAAGCAUAUCGUGCUGCUGUUUCAGACUCCAAAUGGUACCGAAAGGAAGAUACAACUCUAUCUGUUUUACAAUUGUGCUGUAAAUUAUCUCAGACGUAUUUACGUUGUUCGUCUUAUUGUGAAGAUCACGUAAAGUCGAAAAAAGCAUUGCUAGGCAGUGCUAAAUUAACAUUACAAGGAGUUGUCAGAAAGGUCAAAGACAUAUAUUCAGAAAAUGCUAUGGUAAUGAAAAGUUUACAAGAAGUUGAAAAAUAUUUAAUAGAAAUUUUAAAUCAACUGGAAAAAUUAUGCCAAUUAACGCCCGACAAGUUUUGCUAACAUUUUAUAUGUGCUAAUAACUUGUUCUCAUUGCUAAUUACACUUGCAAUAAUAAUAAUAAUAAUAAUAAUAUUGCUCAAUGCC